UAGUUUCCUCUCUUUGUACCAAUAGCAUUUUCUAGGCAUAACACAUGUACAGAGCCUGUGGGCAUAAUUAUUUAUAUAGAUAAUUUCUAUACCAAGCAAUGUCUUCAGACAAGCCAAAAAAGAAGAAAGCCGAGUCUAUUCCUACAGAGGGCAGUGGAACAGAAGCUAAAUCCAAGAAAAGCAAAAAUAGAAAAAAUGGAGACCUGUCAACAGAGAGCAGCCCUGCCAAUCAAAAAAAUGGUGAUAAAGUGAAGAAAAAGAAAACCGAAAAGGAAAAAGAAUCUCCACACAAGGAAAAAUCAGAGCCCAAAAAGACAGCAAAAAGUGACCCAAAGAAGAAAAAGAAGAAAAGUUUAAAUGAUGAUAAAGAUAAUAGCGAUGUUGAAGGAGACAUGUCAACACCUCAGAAAAAAAUCAAAUCAAAGUCCUCAAAAGAAAGUUCUGAUGGAAAAGAAAAAGAUAAGGACAAGAAAUCUAAGCCUAAAGAUGAAAAAGAAGACAAAGACAAUAAGGGAAAGUGUAAGACCAAAAAGAAGGAGCCGGCCUCUAUGUUCCAGAUAAAUGGAGACAAAUCUACAACCAAGGGUAAAAAGAAAGUUCCCAAAUCAGACAGUGAAGAAGAAGAAAGCAAGAGCAAGAGCAAGAAAAAAAGCAGUUCGAACCCAGGCUCCAUGUUUCAGGCUGGUGGAGAAAAGGAUAAAGAAAAGGACAAGGACAAAAAAUCAAAAAAAUCUAAAAGUCUGGCAAAAGCAGAAGAAAGUGAUGAUUCAGGGUCUGAGCUAAUACAGAAGAAAAAAAAAGGGAAAGGAAAAAAAGGGAAAAAGGAGGAACGAGUCCCUUCACCAGUCAUUGAGUUUGAUGACCUGGAAGAGUUUGUCCUUCAGCCAGCAGAGCAGGGUGUCACAGUGAAAUGUAAAGUGACCCGCGACAAAAGAGGAAUGGACCGGGGCCUUUACCCUACUUACUACCUUCAUCUAGACAAUGAAAAGAAGCAGGAUUUUUUGCUGGCGGGGCGAAAACGCAAAAAGAGCACAACAUCCAACUACUUGAUUUCAGUUGACCCCACUGAUCUCUCCAGGGGGGGUGAAAACUACAUAGGAAAAUUAAGGUCCAAUUUGAUGGGCACUAAAUUCACAGUAUUUGAUAAUGCACUUCACCCUGACCGUGCACUUCCUGAUAUGUCGAAUGCAAGGCAGGAGCUAGCAGCCAUUAUUUAUGAAACCAAUGUUCUGGGAAUGAAGGGUCCAAGGCGUAUGACUGUCAUUAUCCCUGGCAUGGACAAAGAUGGAGAACGAGUGCCCAUACGGCCGCGCAGUGACAAUGAUGGCCUUCUGACUCGACACCAAAACAGGAACAUGGACAAUCUGAUAGAGCUUCGCAAUAAGACACCUGUGUGGAAUGAGGAGACCUCGUCUCAUGUGCUCAACUUUAAUGGCAGAGUAACACAAGCCUCUGUGAAAAAUUUCCAGAUUGUACACAACAAAGACCAGGACUACAUAGUGAUGCAGUUUGGGAGAGUUGCAGAUGAUGCCUUCACCCUGGACUACAACUAUCCUCUGUGUGCAGUACAGGCAUUUGCUAUUGCUCUCUCCAGCUUUGAUGGCAAAAUUGCCUGUGAGUGACAGCUUCAAACUACAGAAGUGCACGUUUUAUUACUCGACUUCUGUAUGUCCCUGAAAAAACUCAUUAAAUGUCUCCAGUUCUCACCUGCUAUGCUCAAAUAGUAACAUCAAUAAAAAUCUCGGGUAGCACACAUUCUGAAUGCCGCUUUUAAGACAUGGAGAUUUGUCAAGAAAACAAGUGCAGGGUUUUUGUUCCUUAAAUUUGAACCACAUAUUAAGACAUCAAAAAAUAUAACAAGUCAUGUACUGUAUUUUACCUAAAUUGGAUAUUUGUCAGAGUAGGAAUGUGUCAAGAGAGAAGAACUAUGACAUGAAUUUUUGAACGCAUCAGGAAACUGUAUGCUAUAGUUAUUUUAACCAUACAUAUUUUUAAAGUAUCAUAUUAGAAAAAGUAAGAAUAAAUAAUAGUACUAUAUUUUGUUUGCCUUUUCAAGUCAUGAAAGUGGAAUAUGAUUGCUUGAGUCUUGUUAAACUGUCAAUUUUGAUAUUCUAUGCAUUCUCAGUAUUUGUUUUCGUUGUUUUUCUAUUUUGCACAUCUUUUAAUCAAUGUCAUUAUAUCUAUAUACGUUGGAACUUUUCCUGUGUACGUGUAUACGUGUGUGUGGGCAUAUGUGUGUAUGUAUAAUAUGUAGGUGUAUGCUUUUAUUGCCUUUUUAAUGUUUUAUUAUAUCAUCAUUUGUGUUUAUGGAUAUGAGACAUCAUAUUCCUUCAUAAUUCAGGAAGGGAUAGGAGAAAAUGAAAGAACAAUGUUUCCAUAAAAUAUUUAAUCCCUA